CUAAAUAAAUCAAGCACAGCACAGAAGAAACAUGAGAUUCAGUCAGUUGCAUGUUUUGAGACUUUGAUAUGUCGCUGCCAAAUCUUUCACCCCAUCUACACACAGAAGAAUGUAACAAGAUCAUUGCAGAGUACCAAAAGUGCAUUAAGGAGGCUGGUUAUGGGAGAUUUUUUGAUAAGUGUGGCAGUUUUGAAGGGCAAAUCAGGAAGUGCAUGAAAAAACAGAAACGUGAAAGGUACAAUACCAAUAAACCUAAAGCAGGGCCUGUUGGUGAUUAGAUAUUGUUAGUCGAAGAAAAAUGACGGCAAUGGCGGGACAGUUACCUCAGAAGAAAUAUUACCGACAGAGGGCCCACUCCAAUCCCAUGUCGGAUCAUUGUUUCGACUACCCAGUGAGUCCUGUGCAUAUGAACUGGCAUGAAUAUUAUCCUGAAUAUUUUAAGCCAAAAACUGACGAUGAAAAGCACGAUGACGUUAAAGACUUGGAUGUGAAGGGAGAUAAAGCGAAAGUGGAAUUUGCGGAUAUUGGAUGUGGUUAUGGAGGUUUGUUAGUCGACUUAUCCCCGAUGUUUCCAGAUAAAUUGAUGUUAGGUAUGGAAAUACGUGUGAAAGUCUCAGAUUAUGUGAAAGAUAGAAUUGAAGCAUUGAGGAAACAAAAUCCCGGACAGUAUCAAAAUAUUGCCUGCAUUAGAGCCAAUGCUAUGAAGUAUUUGCCGAACUUUUUCGAAAAAGGGCAGCUUACUAAAAUGUUUUUUCUCUUUCCUGAUCCGCACUUCAAAAAGACAAAACAUAAGUGGCGUAUCAUUAGUUCCACCCUUCUAGCGGAAUAUGCUUACGUUUUACGUGAAGGUGGAAUCGUGUAUACUAUCACUGAUGUAAAGGAGUUGCAUGAAUGGAUGGUAGAGCAUUUUGAGAAGUUUCCACUGUUUACGAGAAUUGAUGAUGACCAACUGAAGGAUGAUAUUGUAGUAGAGAAAUUGUACUGCAGUACUGAAGAAGGUCAGAAGGUCACCCGUAACCAUGGAGAUAAAUUUCUUGCAGUGUUCCGUAGAGUGGCAGAUCCAUUUAAAAACUAGUGUGUGAAAGUUUUGUUUAUGCGAUUCUUUUGUUAUUACUUUACUUAUAAUUUCAUAUAAAAGAACUGACUUAGAUUAAUGCAUGGGCAUUAAAUUAGUGAAAUGUGUAUGAAUAAAAUUUAGGAGAGUAAUUAUACUGAAUUGAAGAAAAAUGUUAAAGACAAUUUUAGAAACUAAUAUUCCAAUACUUCAAAGGGAAUUCCUAUAGUUUUAAAACUUUUUUAUGCGCAUCUUUCUGCGCAGCUGACACUUUCUAUGGAAAACUGAACAGAAGUCAACAUUUGUUGAAACAUGUUACAGACAAUCUUAAAUAUGAGAAAUCUUGAAUGAAAUUACACUUUUGAUAAGUUUUAUCAGUAAUCAAAUGUUGAUACUGGUUUAUGUUGUAUUGACAAGUAUCAUGCCUGACAGGACUGGUAUCUUGCUAUUUUUGUGGUUGUGUUUUCACAUCGCAGUUUAGUACAAAGACAGUGUUGUUCAUAUAAUGUAAGAUUGACUUAGUACUGAUAAAUAAAUAUCACCUUUCAAAUUAUUUAGUAUUCAAUUAUAGGAAGAAUUAAGAAUUUGUAAAACUUUUUUUUAACUUCUAGCAGACAUAUAUGUAAUCAAUUUGGCCAGGUUCACGCCAUUUCCGUCCGACCAGGUGUUGUAUUCUAGCGGUCUUGACAUAGAAUUUUAGCCUUACAUUUUUAGCCAUUUUCAUGCUCACAAUACAAUUAUCUAUGCACAAGAAAAACAGGAAAAAAUUCUAUGAAAGAGUUUUUUUUAAAUUUAAGAUAAUAUUCUUCACUAUGGGUAUUUUUCAUUGAAAAAAGUUCACAAAAGUACCUGUAAAUAUGAAACAAUUUUUUUUUCAUUUGUACCCAUUAUUGUAAGGAUAGAGUAUUACAAAUAUGACUAUGAUAUCAAAUAAGUAUAUAAUAAAAUCUGUGAAAAGAAAAAAAAACCGUAUUGUGCUGUCUUGACGUAUAUUUUAGUUUGUAUUUAUAAAAAAGCAAAAAAUUAUGAAAAUGUUGAAAAAUCGCUGGCAGUUUCAGCAACAGUGGGUGUGUUCAAAACAAUUUUUCACAAAAACAAGCCUGGUGACCUAUUGUUUUUAUUUGUUCAUUGUUUUCAGCACAAAUUUUCCUAUCAUAUAUGCGAAUUUUAAAAAAAUCUAUGAAAGGAAAAAAAAAGCUGUAGGAAUUCUCUUUAAAUACUGACAAAUAAACCUUUUAUUGCUC